UGAAGCGGCCAUGAAGGCGGGAGCUACUUCCAUGUGGGCUUCCUGCUGUGGGCUGCUGAAUGAAGUCAUGGGGACUGGAGCUGUCCGUGGCCAGCAGGCUGGUUUUGGGGGAGGAGCUGGCCCCUUCAGAUUCACACCAAAUACAGACUUCUCAGCCUACCCAUCCCCGACUGCUGCAGGCACUAACAUAGUCUGCAAAGCUUGUGGACUUUCCUUCUCAGUGUUCAGGAAAAAGCAUGUGUGUUGUGACUGCAAGAAGGAUUUCUGCUCAGUUUGUUCAGUCUUGCAAGAGAACCUCAGAAGAUGUUCCACUUGUCACUUGCUGCAAGGAACAGCUUUUCAGCGGCCUCAGUUAAUGAGAUUGAAAGUGAAGGAUCUGCGUCAGUAUCUGAUUCUCAGAAACAUACCAACAGAUACGUGCAGGGAAAAAGAAGACUUGGUGGAUCUGGUGCUCUGCCACCACGGAUUAGAUUCAGGGGCAGACAUGGACGCUAGCAGCUUGCACUCGUCACGGUCACAGACUUCAGGGUUUUUCGCUCAUCCAUUUUCUAUGUCUGUAUCAAUGUCAUCUCAAGGAGACCUUGGGAGCAGGAGGGGAAGCACAGGGAACGGAACAGCUUUACGGGGACAAACGGAAACAUCCUCUAUAAAUAACGAAGAAGAUGAAAGUGCAGAAGAGCAGACCCCUGGAUUGUCCAGAAAGAGAGCGAGGGCAUCGUUGUCCGAUAUUUCAAGUGUGGAAGAUAUUGAAGGGUUGAGCGUUCGGCAGCUGAAGGAAAUACUCGCCUGUAAUUUUGUCAACUAUUCAGGCUGCUGUGAAAAAUGGGAACUUGUGGAAAAAGUGAGCAGGCUGUACAGAGAGAACGAGGAAAACCACAAGACACAGGGUGAGAAGAUGCAGCUGAACGACAACGAUGACAACCUGUGUCGCAUCUGCAUGGACGCCAUCAUCGACUGUGUCCUGCUGGAGUGCGGCCACAUGGUCACUUGCACCAAGUGCGGCAAGCGGAUGAGCGAGUGCCCCAUCUGCCGCCAGUAUGUGGUGCGGGCUGUGCACGUAUUCAAGUCUUAAACAGCGACCAGAGCCGCCUUUUAUUGCUGCCCUUCUGGGAUCCUGGGGGCAGGAGUGACCGAAAAGGGGCCAGAGUCAGCUUUUUAGUUCCCAAUAAACAGCAUUUGGAACACCAGGAUCUAGAAGUUCAUGGAACAUUUUUCUACAGCACAGUGAAUCCCAGGGGUGGGCAGCGCAAGGUGACAUCUGGGUAUACAGUGACAGUGCUGCCUGACUUACAACCCCUCAAACUGUUUACAGCAGUUCUUGCUGUCUUCUGAAGAACAUCACCUCAUGGUCCCAUGGUCAGUACUCCGCAGGUGCUCAGACACCACUGCGCUGCCACAUAAGCAUCUUGUCUAAUGCAUUAGAAGCAGCAACUCUAAGUGGUUGAAUAUUCAGCUCUCGCCUAACUCUAGAAUGUAACUGCUGCCACUGUCCCUGUGCCAGUGUUAACAGCAUAAAACAGGACUGCAGGGAACACUGCCAUUAACUGGACCUGCACAAAGCCCUUAAGCAAUCAUCUGCAUUAUGCUGAUUGCUUCAUCCCCAAUGGCUGUCCUUGCACAGGGACUGUCUUGGCCAUUCUAUGAGACUAUACAGAGCUCCGCUACAUCUCAGGGCUCUGCUGUGUGCUGUCCAAAUACCAAUUAGUUACUGAGUGGGUUUUAGGUUAGGAUUAAAGUAUUUUUUUAAACAGGGGUACAGUAACCAUACUGAGUGUGGUCCUUAAGCCACUCCUGCCUAUUGUAACUCUUAAUCUUACACAUGAUGAUUGUACGCCAUGUGCUGACAACCUGAUGUUACUGUGAAUACAAAUCAGGGUCAGAAACUACUUGCUGCUAACAUGUGGAAUGUACAUACAGCAUUACUAACCUUAACCGGGAAGGGGACCUUGGUAUUUCUCUGAAACCUCCUCUUAACAGACCUUUCCCGAGGCUGAGUCACUAUUAACCACACUUCCCAGUGGCUGCAAGCUGACCUGUGGUGCUGUCAGUCUUUGGCCUUGUCUCUAAGUAGGCUUUGUGCCAGCAUCAGGGGUAAGAGUCCUCUUGGAGCAAGAAUUUCCAGUUCUAGUAGGACACCUGUGACAGAUGACUUGGGGAAGAUGGGAGCAAGAACAGCCCUUCUCUUUGGGGUAGACUGCCUGUGGCUAUGUUUGCUUAAGUUUCCUGGAGGUGAGGAAGGACCUAGUCUGUCUGUUAUCCUUUCUGCAGGGUUGAAGGAUGAAGCUAGUUUCUCCUUUUCAUUUGCCAUAGGCUAGAGAAGUAACAGAGCCAGGGCCCUGUUUUGCCUCAGCUGUGGUACCUCUUUCUUCUAUUGUACUAUGGGACCUGCUCUUAUCCUUUAUGUAAAAAAGUGAGCUGGCUUGAAAAAGAGAAAGUAGCUGCUACGCAAGGUAAAACAUGCAGCUUAGAAACACUGCUUGUUAUUUUUUCACAAGGGAGCAAACAUGUCCUGGCUUUGUUUUUCAGAAGUAACUUCCUAAUGGUACUUAAAGCCCAGAGCCUCUGUCAGGUGGAUAAGAUAAUGACAUCUUCUGUGUUAUUACCAUGCUGAUCAUGAGCCACGCAAGAUUAAUAAAGAUUGGUCGUGGGCUUUGUCAGCCUCUCUUUCCUUAACCAGCUGUGGGAAUUCUCUUGGUGCUUUAACAUUGUUGACAUUUUAGUGUUCCUCCAGGUGGAGGAAAUGGAUGUAGGUAUUGUAUUUCCUCCAAAUAUAUUGGAAUAUGCCAACAACAACAACGACCAAGUGAUGCAAAAGUGCUGCACAGCAACAGGGGACUCUGCUGUGACUCCUGGCUUGCCCCAAGGCUGGAAACCAUGACCCCAUGGGGUCAGUGCAGUCACUCCUCACAGAGCAGAGCCCAAAGAACCCAACACUGGGACAGAAACCCCCAGAGCCAGCACCUGUUUUUGUACAAUUGUUUAUACAAAUUCAACAAAGGUAAAACUGCAUCAGGAAGGUCUACGAAAACAACACCGUACAACAAUGGCACUUAUGAAUGCAGAGUUUUACAAUCAGGAAAUAACCAUGUUAUAAACCUUAAAUGAGAACUCAACUCACACUUCAAAGAAAGAGAGACUACGGUUGACCAUUUAUUCUACGGCUGGACUCACUGUAUAAAUUAAUUUUAUAUUGAGUACAAGAGCUCAUGCUACAGAGUGAAACCCUCCUAUGUGCAAAAGCUGGAAUUGGAAUUGGUUUUUUUUUUCUUUUAAAAUUUUGAGAAAAAGGUGAUUUCUAUACAGAUAAAAGUGUUUUACUUCAACUAUAAUUUACACCUUAUUUCCACAACAUGCUUAUGUCACUUCUGAAGUAUACAAAGCAGGAUAUAAACUUCCAUUAAAACAUGCUUUAAGUUGAAAGUAUUAACCUACUUUUCCUGACCUGGGCACAUUUGUAGAUAGAUACUGUCUACGAAGUAUAGGUUAAGUUCUCGCCUACCAUAAGUAAAGAUAAAAAUUGGCAAUCAAAACCGAAACACUGGUAAUGCAUUCAAACAUUGCAUAAA